AUGGGGAGCCCACCAGCCAAGAUGAAGUUUUGCCCCAUCCACAUGCUUUCUGUAAGAAUCAUACAAGCUAAGAACAUCAAGUCAAGAGACCUGUGGACAGUUCCACUUUCGUGCCAAAACCUUGCGGGGCAAUGUUAUUCACUGCUUGAUACCAGUCUGAAGUAUUUAGGCAUCUCGGGCUGCAGUAGAAAUCUUCCAUCAAGUCCUGACUCCAGCUCUGAAAGACAUCAACUGGGAGAUUUCCUUUCACACCGUUGCCAAGCUUCACAAAUGACGGCAUCAGACUGCUAUGUACGCUUGUGGCUGCCGUCUGCUUCACCUGGAAAGCUUCGGACCAAAACCAUCAGGAAUUCUGACAACCCUGUCUGGAAUGAGACUUUCUACUUUAGGAUCCAGAGGGAAGUUGAGAAUAUUUUAGAAUUGGCAGUGUGUGAUGAAGAUGCACUCACCAAAGAUGACAUGCAGUUCACAGUUCUUUUUAAUGUUGCUAGAAUCAGACCUGGGGAGAAAAUCCGUGAGACAUUUGCUUUGAAAUCAGAGACAGAGACGUGCUCUAAGAAAUGGGAAAGUUUGGAAGUGGAAUUCUGGAUGGAAAGAGUUCCUGGUCCUCCAGAGCAUCUCAUUACCAAUGAUGUCCUAGUGUCCCGUGAGGUUUGCUGCUUGGAAGUGCAUGUGGACAUCAAUGAAAGCAGGAAAUACUUGAAAGAGGGUAAAAAUCUCGUGCUUACGGUGCCUGCAUCUCAUGAGAGAACGCAGAAGACGACAGAGGACACCGACACUUUCUACUUCCACUGCGUGAAGGCUUGGGAGCCAGUUCUAAAAGUCAGGCUGCAGAAAGUUUCUGAUAAGGAAGAUGACAACAGCAAUUUAAGUGACACCUUAACGGUACCUCUGAAAUUUCUCCCUGUUGGACAUAAAGUGAAAGUAACCCUUCCCGUAAGACAUAAUGUGCCACUACAGUUGUACCUUCAACUAAAUGCUUGCACAGAAAAACUAGAUGUGCGCUUGGGGUAUGAUCUGUGCCAAGGAGAGCAGGAGUUCCUGCAUAAGAGGAAGAGAGUUGUUGCUGGUGCCCUGAAAAGGGUUCUUCAUCUGGAAAGAGAUCUACAUGGACAUGAGGUCCCAGUAAUAGCUGUUAUGGCAACAGGCGGAGGUCUCAGAGCAAUGUCAGCUAUGUUUGGCCACCUCUUAGCCCUUCAGAAGCUAAAUCUGUUGGACUGUGUCACCUACCUCACCGGGGCUUCUGGCUCAACAUGGACCCUAGCAGACCUGUAUGAGCAUGCUGACUGGUCACAGAAGUCUCUGGAGGGGCCACUUAAAGCAGUAAAAGAACAAGUGACAAAAUGCAAACUCAACCUUAUGUCUGUAGACCAUCUGAAGUAUUAUCACAAGGAACUUGCUGAAAGGGCAAAGGCAGGACAUGUGCCAUCUUUUACAACUCUGUGGUCACUUGUUCAGGAGAUGUUCUUACAUGAGCGGCCAAGAAAGUACAAACUCACAGACCAGCGCAGGGCAUUGGAGCAUGGACAAAACCCACUGCCUUUCUAUGCAGUCCUCAAUGUGAAAGAGGAGAAGUUUGGUACUUUCAAGUUUAGAGAGUGGGCAGAUUUCUCUCCUUAUGAAGUGGCUAUACCAAAAUAUGGAGUCUCAAUUCCUUCAGAAUAUUUUGACAGCGAGUUCUUCAUGGGAAGGAGAGUGAAGAAGCUGCCAGAAUCUCGGAUCUGCUAUCUGGAAGGUCUUUGGACGAACAUCUUUACUAGGAAUUUGCUGGAUGGCUUGUACUGGUCCUCAAAUUCAAAUGAAUUCUGGGAACGAUGGUCCCAAGAUAUGGUAGAUAUAGAAAAACAUUCUCCUGAGGAAGACAUUACUGUUAUCGAGCCUCCAUCUUGUUUGUCAGGAAAGUUGUAUGAAAUGUUUCAGGACAUUAUGACCAAGCGUCCACUACUGGGAAAGUCACAUAACUUCCUGAGAGGCUUAGAGUUUCAUAAGGAUUAUAUCCAUCAGAAAAAAUUUAUUGAAUGGAAAGACACUGUGCUGGAUGGUUUCCCUAACAAUCUGACACCACUGCAGAAAUAUCUUUGUCUGAUAGAUGUUGGCUAUUUCAUCAACACCAGCGGUGCAGCACUUUUCAAGCCGGAGAGGAAUGUAGAUGUCAUUAUAUCCCUUGAUUAUGGGUUGGGACAUGUGUUCAAGCAAUUAGAGAUGACAUACAAAUAUUGCAAGAUACAAAAUAUCCCAUUCCCCAAAGUGGAGCUGAGUCCAGAAGAAGAGAAGAACCCAAAGGAAUGUUACAUAUUUGCGGAUGCAGAGGACCCCAGAGCGCCUAUAGUAAUCCAUUUUCCCUUGGUGAAUGACACCUUUAAGGAAUUCAAGGAGCCAGGGGUGAAGCGUGGUCACUCAGAGAUGGAAGAAGGCAAAGUAAAUCUGGAGAACAACUGCUCACCAUACUACCUCAUUAGGCUAAUUUACUCCUCUGAAAAUUUUGAUAAACUUGUGAACCUGAGCAAAUACAACAUCCUCAAUAACAAGGACCUGCUCCUCCAGGCAAUCAGGAGUGCUGUAGAACGAAAGAAAAGCAGAAGGACUGGGAAUUUCUCCAGCUACUAUGGAUACCCCUAAGCUGGGUUUUUGCACUGUUCCCCUCUGAAGGCUAUGGCAGCACAUUGCAACACACCACAGUCACGUUACAACAUAUCACAGUGUUCAUCAUUUGCAAAAAACUGACAAAACCUGUACAUUUCUCACCUUGCCGUGUUCAGGCUCCCAGCUUUCCAGAAGGGUUUAUUUUAUCUCCUUUCCCCACAUUUUCAGACCAUAAGGGUCUCACAAUGUGGUCUUACUUGUUAAGAAAUUAGGGUCCUGGUAGGCAGAGACCUCCCAGGAUCUCCUUGAUGUUACAGUAUAUGGUGGUGGUGAAAGGUCUUUGUAUGAGC